UAACAAUUGCUGAUUGAAUAAUUUAGAGAAUAAUGCUAAUGUUAAUGCUCUACCAGUCAAAGCCUUAAUCAUCACAACAUGUAUUUACCAACACAUUGGGCUCAUAAGGAAAAUGAUAAGGAUUUAUCAACAUUCGUCUUUCCAAAUAAUGCAAAUUGAUGAACAAUAAGAUUAUUAGUCUAUUAAAAUUUAUUGAGAUUUCUUAAUCUCAAUGUCUUGGUGUUUAAGUUAAGGAAUUGCAUCAAUUUAUUAUGGAUUUUCCUUUUAAAUUUUAUGUACUUUGUAAUAUCAAUAAAUUAUGAUUUAUAGCGAUAUCGGGUAAUAUCAAUCCGUUUGAAUUUAUGUAGUUCCUAAUAUUGUUUCUUUUGAAUUAAUAUUGUGCAAGUAAUGACAUGAUUAUGAUUUAUCAUUAUGAUGGCCAUUAUCAUAAUGACAUGAUUAGGAUUUGUAAUGUAUUAUAGGAAAAAAUAACCGUCAUUAUUUCGGUCAAAAAUAUUGAAUUGCAUACCAAAUUUUGUUUGAAAGAGAUUGAGAUGGAGUAGAAAACACGUAGAACAUGUACUAUAUAGAUCACUAACUUUUGAUUAUAACAUAUAGAUUGCUAUACAAAGCAUAUACAAAUGGACUAAAAAAGAUUAUCAUAAUAACAAAAGUUUGAUAUACAAAUAUCAUAGUUAUAAGUUAUGACAUAUAGAUUGAUAUACAAAUUUUUAAUAUUAAAAACACGUAAAUUUUUUUUUAAAAAGUUGAAAGCUCAGCAUGAUCCGAGAGGACUUACAUGUUGGGGUGGAAUACUAAAGUCAUUAGUUAUAACAUAUAGAUUGAUAUACAAAUUUUAAUAUUAAAAAAUUAAAAUGUAACUAAUAACUUUUGUAAAGAAUAAAAAUUUACAAUUUUAACACUAUAUAUAAAAUCAAAUGUAAUAAUAUAAUUAUAUUUAAUAUUGUUGUAUGAAUUUAGAAUUCUAGUUGGAGAUGAUGUGAUAAUAUUACACCAAAAUAUUAUUUGAUGCCUUGGCUUCCACAAGUUGAGAUCUACUGACACACUUCGCUCUUAUAUAAAUAUACAUUACAUCAAACUGGUCGAAUAAGGUAAGAAGGCUAAUCAAUUAUUCGAAAUUACACUAUCCAUAAUGUCUUUAUCAUGCAUAUAAAAUGAAAACAUUUACUAUAAUGACUUUGUAAGUUUAUUUGGCAAUGGCAUAACAUAACAUGUAAUUAGCCUAGAGAAGAGAGAGUUUUUCAAUAAAGGGUGUGAGGUGCAUUGUGGUGCUGGCAUCUAAUAAAUGACAAAGUUGUUAAUCAUACAUGAGGGUGAAGUUUAUUUUUAAAAAUGUACCUCAAAUAAAAAGAGGGUAGUAGUAUGGUAAAUUUAGGAUGCACAUGCAAAAGUCAAUAUUAAGAAAAACUAAGGAAAGAAAUUGACAAUUACAUGUAAAGAGAGAAUUAAUUGACAAUUACAAGGUAAUUAAUGAAAUAGGAUAUUAACUUUGAAUGUUGAUAAAUGUUGAAUGUGUGUUGAAUUAUCAAGUGAAAUAAAAAGAACAUAAUAUAAAGUGUUAAAAAUGAAAAUGAUCAAAUUAAAUAAACUUUAUUUCUAUUUACAGAAAAUAAAAAAAAAAUUAUUUAAUCUAUAAUCAGAUAAUUGAUUUUAAAUAACUAGGAUAAUAUGAAAAUAUCAAAAAUCUUUAGAACGUAACAUGUGAUUUUGGUAGCCUUCAUUAAUUAAUUUACAUUAUCAAAUUUCAUUAUUCAACAUACUCAUUAACUACAAUGAUUUAACUUUUGAAUCUUUUAUUCAACAUUUCAUUGUACAUUGUUUAAUUCACCAAAUUGAAUAGGAAAUGUAAUUACUAUAGUUAUGGUCUCUGCCUGAAUAUAUACACCAAAUCUAUCUCAAGAAAUAACAUAAAGAAUUUGAGUCGAGAGAGAGAGGGUAGCAAAAUGAGUUUCUCUAGAUUGUUGGUAACGUUUUCUCUCAUGAUGAUGAUGGCCAUUUCUAAUGAACCAUUCGCAUUAGCUCACAAAGAAGAGUACAAGAUUUAUGGCUUUCCUUACUCCGCCAGCACUUGGCGCGUCUUGGCUGUUCUACAUGAGAAAGGUCUCUCUUACUAUCCCAUCACCGUUAACUUGAGAACCGGUGAGCAGAAGAAGCCAAGUUUUCUCUCUAUUAAUCCAUUUGGUCAAGUCCCAGUUUUACUAGACGGACAUCUAAAGUUGACUGAAUCCCGAGCCAUAUCACUAUACAUCGAGAGUGCUCAUAGAUCAAGAGGCACAAAACUCCUGAAUCACAAAAACUACAAGAAAAUGGGAAUAGAAACAAUGUGGAUGUAUAUCGAAUCUUUUGAGUUCGAUCCACCCGCAACGACACUUACUUUCGAGCAAGCCAUCAAGCCUAUGACAGGUCUAAAGACGGACUAUAAAGUUGUAAAUGAAACCGAGCCGCAGCUAGAGAAGGUUUUAGAUAUCUACGAAGAACGACUGAAAAAAUCGAGGUUCUUGGCUGGUAACAGAUUCACAUUGGCUGAUCUUUUUCAUCUUCCUAAUAUAGAGUACCUUAUGAACACAACUACAAAGCGACUGUUCGAGAGCCGGCCUAACGUACACAGGUGGGUGGCUAAGAUUAUGGCUAGACCGGCUUGGAGGAAAGCUUGUGACGCCAACGCCUGGUACGAUGAGAUGGAGAAUUAAUGAGAACUAAUAACUUUGUAUGCAAGUGCGUGUGUUAUGAGCUUAUAAGAAGUUUAAUAAAUGAAUAAAUGGUAAAACUUAUUUAAGUAAAUAAGGUUAAACUGAUCUUGAUAGUGAUUA